GUUCAUUAUACACCAGCGAGUUUAAUUAUACAGUCUUAUAGAGACAGCAUACAUAUAUUCAAAAUAAAUUCACAGGUUAUGCUUAGAAUCAUAAAAAGUAAAGUUUUCGGUGGCAGCAAUGUCAAGACUAAUAGCCAGCCGACGUUCUUACAGAACGAGGACGAUGCUGCAAUCAUGAACAUGGCAACAAGCCCUCGAGGUGUCAGUAAGCACUCACAAUUCGACUUGCACGGAAAGGGUGUUGAGCUUACUUUCCCACACCACCAGGUGUUGAACAUAGAUGACGUUUCGAGUAAUUCUAGCGGCAGCAAUUCGCUUUCAUCUUCGCCAUCUUUACCGCUCUCCUCACAAAAUAGUGACAUUAAUAACCUCUCAGUGCCACUUGUGGUCUCAAAUACUACGGUGAACGUAUCGAAAUUGUUUACAAAUGAGUACCGCAGCUCCGCCGCUGCUACCGAGUACACAAUCAUCCGUACCAUAAAUAGCGGAUCUACAGCAAAGGUGCAAUUGGCGUACCACCAGAAAACAGACAAGCACGUAGCGUUAAAGAUUAUGGCUAAAAGCAAGCACGACUUGAAGUACAUGAAUCGGGAAGUCUCGAUUCACAAGCAACUCAACGAGCUUUGCCGGGUACAAAAUUUGUCGCAUCAACACGUCGCAGAGAUUUACGAGGUCAUCGAAACCCCGCAUCACUUUGUGGUAGUCAUGGAAUACCUGGCUGGUGGUGACCUAUUUGAUCUUGUGCCACCAAAUGUUGGUUGUUCCGAAUUACAAGCCCUUACAUAUCUCAGCCAAAUAAGCACUGCCGUUGCCCAUAUGCACCGUUCAGGGGUUGUACACAGAGAUCUCAAACCAGAGAACUGUGUUUCGGAUGGCAAGGGAGUGAUUAAGCUGGUUGACUACGGGGCUGCAAGCGAAACCACCGGUGCGAUGACCUCCGCAGGUACCAUUCCGUAUAUGGCGCCUGAGGUGUUCGACAAGUCUAACGCUCCCAACUGGAACUUGAAGGCUAUUGAUGUGUGGGCCAUUGGAGUAUUGUAUUUUACCCUGUUGACCGGAAGAUUUCCAUGGGCCAUGGCUGCGGAGGAUAGAAGCCCAGAGUAUCGGAUGUAUCUAGAUGGCGACCUUUGCAAUAAGUAUCCCUGGAACAACUUUUCUGAGGAGUCAAAGCAAAUCAUCACCAGCGCACUACACACAGACCCGGCCAAAAGGGUGACUAUCGAAGAAUUCAAAGCAAGUAUUGAUAAGCAACUAUACAGGAUGCAAUACCAAACGCCUAUGGCCGCUCCAAUGGCGUAGAGGGAACAAAAAUAGAUAACAAAGGAAGAAAAAGAAAAAUCUAGAACGACGACGGGAGAGAAGUUCACUCGGCAUGUUUUGUCAAUACGCCGAAUGUAGUUGCUACAAAAAUAAAAGCACAUCUGAAAUUCCAAUUCA